AUGUUGACAACGCAGUGUUACGCGACAAAGGACGGACGAAAGUCUUCGUCCCAAUUUCAGAGACGCUCCGAUUUUGAUCUUCCAGAGCCAGAGGUUCCCGCACAAGACGUUACAAGUUGUCUUGGACGGGUCAGGAAAGCGCUGGCCUACUGGCGCAAACACACGAAGCUUCCUCGGUCACAAAGCCGCUCAGAGAGCCGGCAAGACGUCGGGCUGAGCUCAAUGAGCUCAGGGUCCUCCAGUUUGUCUCGCCGAAAGACACAUCGGCGACGUCCUACUGCAUUAUCUCUAGAACGAGAGGAGAGCUCUAGUUCAGGGAACGAUCCUUCUUGUUCGACAUACGACGACGAUAAAGAUCCGUUCAUCACAUCACCAUCAUGGCUCAAGGAUACAUACUUUGAAGGUGAAACGAGACAACAGGAAUGGAGAAGUUCGGAACAUGCCGUUGCCGACCCUUGA